AUUAAUAUUUAUUAUUGAAUUGUUUUUGGAUUGGUUAUAGAAUACUCGUAUAUAUAAGAUUAUCCGAUUAUUUAUGAUUUUGUGUAAUUUUUAUCACUCCCUAGAUUGGUGGUUUAUAUAAAGUGCCAAAAGUUUGGAAUUUUCGGAAUUUCACAUUAUUCUAAACUUAUAUCUUAAAUUGUGGAAUAAAACCUAUUCCGUCCGGUUAAUUGUUUACAAUUAAAGUCUCUGUUUGUAGCAUUUUUCCAACGAAAACAAGUAAAUUAUAUUUCCGCGAUAUUUCCUUAACGCAUUUCAAUCCGUUUACUGAGUGUAUGAUUCAUUAUUUUCAGCGUAUUUUGUAAAAGUAAUUCCAUGUGCAAAAACAAAAAUCAAAAUAAACCCCGCGAAUCUAUAUUUCACUCUGUGCGCUCCAUUGUCGGCACUGAGACCCAAGAAUUGGGCUAAUUACUCUGCUCCAUUUAUAAUUGCACCCAUUUUCGUGCGAUCGCCAAAAAUUACACGUCAAUUGAGUCGACUCUUGCGUCCUCCGCCGCAACACACGAACCUUGGCUGUUUAUCUCGCGGAUUUUCUACAUGGGGAAGACGCAUAAAUUAUGCACACGCCUUUGUGUGUGUUCCAACAUAUUUCGUGUAUUUUGCUUUUAUUUCGACGCGUGCUAUUUUUAUUUCGCCCAAUUGACGAGAUCCUCAAAAAUGAGAGCAAAAAAUCUCAGCGUUUUCUUUAGCACAUAAUGAAAGCAAAAAACAUUUUGAAUAAAAAUAUUAAGCUUCAAAAUAAUUAAUGCUGUGUAUAUAUAUAGCGAAACUAUGCUUGUGAUAUGUGUAGAGGUAUGAAAUAUUUGGCACUUGAUUUCGACUCUGGCACACUAAUUAGAUGACGGCAAAUUGGCUACGACUACGCACUCAUUGCAAUAGAUAAUCGUGUCGGAUAAUAUCUCGGGUGUUUUAGUUUGUUUUUGUUUCUAAUAGAUAUAUAUCUAGAUCUUAAGGAUAUUCAGUUGUGCUGAUUCAUCCAGUUUGUGAACCGACCCAGAUCUUGAAUGGCCUUGUUUGUAUUUAAGUGCAGAUAAUAGUGGGGUUAUGUGUUCACACUUUAUACCUUUGUUGAAUCUAUAUCUGUCGACUCAGUAGCGACACAACUUAUCAUUUUUAUGCAAUUGAAUCAUGUUAGUGUGUCAGUCAAGGUCAGUUGGGAUUUCCAAAUAGUAUUUGCUAACUCUGAUCGGCUAGAUCGCGAUCGGUCAAAGAUAAGUUAUAAACCAGAGCAUAAGAAUUAUAAAAUAUUAUUUUUUUUAGAGAUAACAGUUCUCAACUGUGCAUCUAACCGCUAUGUUAACUAACCGCUGCCAUUUGAUUUGUCCUCUCUCGGCUGCAGUAUCAAUUGCAAGAGCAUUGCUAAUACAUUUAUACCUAAUUAAGCUACAGUUUACGGCAUCUGGCACAGCGUUCAUUGAUUUCCACUCAUAUUCAUUUCGAUUCACUAUUUAAUUAUUUAUUUUUUACGAGAUGUGAGGUGUUUACCUUUCGUUACGCGUUCACAUUGGCAAUGUGCGGCAUGUGAUACCUAGAAUAGUUCUUCGUGUUUGCCAGUGCGAAGGUGUGCGCGUGCACUUUUACGCAGCCAGUUUAUUAUGUGGCCCACUGUGUGCUCAGCUUGUUAUUUGUUGUAGGCUUUCUUUAACUCCGUUGCAACGACCACAUUGCGGUGGCGGUUUACACGCCCGCCGCCCUCUAUGUACAUUUGCCUGCACUAAGUGUGACCUACAUAAAUAGACGUAUAAUUAAGUGAGUGCACUUAUGAGUUUAUGUUUCAAACAAUUUGUUGUUUGUGUAAAUAAUAAGGCAACCAUUUUAUAUUGCUCAUAAAAAUCGAGCGAAUGUUCCAUUUAGACUAUAUACUAGCGCAUCACAAGUUGCAACUUUCAUGCUCUCCUUGAGUUCUCCGCAGUAGUCCAGCUGUUGUUAGUGGCUCUAAAAAAUGCACUUUGAUGCCGAGUCUCUGUGCUUUUAUGUUUUAUUACCUUCGCAUUGUAAUAAAGCUGGCACUUGCGAACAUGUGUACUUCGAAUAAAAAAAAAAAACAAAUUAAAUUCGCUUUGUGUAAAUACAAUAUUGGAGCAGGCAUUCAAAGAAAGCAACAGUUAAAAAUAGUCGCAAUCAAUAAGAUCUAAGAGGAGAGUAGCCGCAAAAGCUUCGAUGCACUUAAGUUGUUCUGCAGGUUGUAAAGGAAUAUGUAAUUGGAUUAUUAGCUAUUAUUUGCAAACUCGAUUCGGGUUAGCAUUUUGCCAUAAUUAAAUUCUAAUAAUGAAGUGAGAAAGACGCCAUUAGCCGAUAGAUGCAAUUGUCCUAAACUACUUAGAAGAGUUUAUGAAAACAAGUUGCUUUUCAUAACAGAAUUCCUAGGUCUAUUCUAAGAUCUGCCUGGGUACUUUGAACUCUUGACAGAUCACGACAGCAUCUUGGCCUCAAAUGGUGAAAUCUUUAUUUUAGGAACGUUCCAUAUCGACCGAGCUUAAUCUAGGUGGAAUUUUGCUUGAAUGUGACUUGAUUAUGACUCAAUUUCAAUAAUAUUCCAGCAUUAUCAUAUGUGGUUUUUGAUAAUGUUAUGAGAUAAACUAAAAGAAACUGGCUUCUAAAUUAAAGAAUUUACGUUUAUAUGAACGUUUUCUUAAUUUGGUAUCUUUUAUACUUUUAAUUUAGAAGAACAGAACACCCUCUCACUAACGAUCUAAUGAGCUAAACUCUCUCAUUUUCAUUUUUUCUAUGCUUAUGAGCGCUGCUCAUCUACGGUUUUCCCAUACACUUUUCACGAAAAUGAGCAGCACACUUCUAACAAACACAGAUUUUCACGGCGCUUUUCGCCAACCAGCCGCCUGUUUGACGUUUUUCGCUUGUGGAGCUGAUCGAGCGAGCGGCCAGUUGGGCUGGUUGGUUGGUUGGUUAGUUGUGUUCGUGCCGUGGUGUUGUUGAGAACGUUUUCAUGUCCGUGCUGUGCGCUGUCUUGCGUGUUUAUAUGCGUUUUGUGCGUAAUGUUGUUGUUUAACAUCCACCAUACUCGUUUAGUAUAUAAAUAAAAUUUAAAUAAAAAUUCUAAACACGAGCAAAUAUAUUGCUUUGGGAAGCACUAAUGCUGAAACGCCUUGGUAACCGUUACCGGCAGCAAACUUCAAAGAUCUCAAAUUAAAAACAAAAUUUAGUAUAUAUAUAACCUUUUAUGAAUGUGAGUAAAUAAAUGUGUUAUGGAAACAGUUUUAAGAACCUUUUGAAACAGCGACAAAUUCGUGAGUGAACGUGAAUCAAUGUCAUUCAAGCGUAGUGAUUUGAAAAGAGCAAAAGUUCAAGCCACGGGCUGACUGAAAUAACGGGCCAAGUUCAUUCAAUACACAAAUGUGUGAUAGUCUUUGAUUACCAGCAAUCAUGAGUGAUAACGGUGAUCGCGAUGCGCCGGCUAAAACAACACCCGAAAAUGGUAGCAACGUCAAACCACAAAGUGGUGACACGCAAGAGUCGUCUCGACAAUAUCCGCGACGGCCGCAAGUCACUGUUAACGCACCUGCUGCUGCGACAACUUUACCACCGCAACCGCACGAGCUGACCGCCGAGUGGACGGUUCGUGCACAGCUAACAUUCGCACGCGCCGGCGAAAAAGUGCAGCGCGAAUUCAGCUCAAACGAUCCUGUAAACCCCGUGCGUGUGGUAUACAAAUGGUCUACAUUCGACUCGCCAUUGCCACCGGAUGACGCAGAUGCCGACGUUGAUCUUAUGGACGAUUCGUCGUCAUCAACUUUGCACAAGCGAAACUCAUUCACCAGUCGUGGAUCGCGUCAAUCUACACCGCUAAAGACCGCACCGCAUAGCCGUCGUUGGCAGCAACAGCCGCACGAGAGCUUUCGUUCGACCACCUCAUCAACCAAUGCUGAUCUCGGUGGCGGUGAUUCUGCAUUCAGCGGUUCCAAUACUUCUAAACAACGCCAACGACCCUACCAACGGCAGACUCCAACUGCAAGCGCCAGUGGCCCGAAUACAACGGGCGCUAUUUACGGUACGCGCUGCCGCAGUACGUGCAACAUUGUCGUUUCAGCCGUUGCGGACUUUCUACCCACAAAUCAUGCAACGAGCGAUGGCGCGACGUCCACACAAACAACGGCAAAUGAAGACUUCAUGAUGAGCAGCGGGGGCAGUGGCUUAGGUGGAGCGACGACACACGUCAAAGCUUCAGCCACAGAUUUUAUUGCGGAAGAGGAGGCUGAUCCUUUUGUGUUCAAUACAAGGGCGUCGUACACUGUUUUACCUCAAGCGUCCAUCGAUUCGACUAUCUCGACCGGUUCGAAGAAUUUCACCGCGUUUGGUAAAGUACUGGCUCUACGUGAUGCUUUCUCACAGACAAGCGAUACGGAGACGAAAUAUUUUGAGGAGCGUGAGCGCGAAUACGAACGGCGUCGGUAUGCUAAUAGCCGUAGUCCGAUUGAUCGUCGAAUAGGGCAGCAUCAUCAGCACCAACAGAAGGAACGAAAGUCAUAUGAGCAGCGUCGUGCCACGACGGAGGGUUUACUCCUAACGCCUAGCGGUCAUUCUGGCGGCGGCGAUUCCUAUGUGGACGAGGCAAACUCAUUUAUGCCUUCGUUUUUAACUUCCCCAUCGCAUACAUUCAAAUCUGCCUCUAUGCCGCGCAUACCAUCAGUGCCAGAACAGAUGCGCUCCCAACAGGAGCAACAGCAGCAAACACUUGCGUCCAAGCAAAAGUCAAAUUCAAGUGAACCACUGAAGAAACCGCGAACUGUUCACAUUGACGUAUAUUGUACAGGUUCUGAAGAUGAAGAAGAGGAAGAGGAGGGAGCUGAAGGAGGGGAUGAGGGUGAUCAUGCUGAUGCUGAGGCAUCUGCGAGUUCUAAUGACGACGACGAGAAUGCAAGUAAACGUUAUGACUUGGAAUCAAAUUCCACACCUCAAACCGUCUUUGACAACGAACAGUUGUUGCUCAAGCACAAACGCAUUACGGGACAAACGAUGCCUCGACGCUUACAACCACCGACAACACGUGCCGAGUCUCAAGCCACAAAAGUUACGAAAACAGAAAACACAGGCGAUUUGAAUAUCGGGCAUGCCAUAACUAAGUCCAGCACUGCGGAAGAGGUAUCCGAAUCUAAGCAAUUACUCUUUCGGAAGCAUAUUGGCGAUCAACGCGCCGCCAAAUUGUCAGCACUACGGCAAAAGUAUAUGCGACAACCCAGUGACGAUGCCAUCAGCUCCAACUAUCCCAACUCAUCGCGUUCGACGGUGCGCGAUGCCACAUGCAGCAGCAUUGCUUCGAGUGUAGUUGCCUCAUCCCAAGCAGAAUAUGCCGACUCCUCAUGGAAAGAGACCGAGGAUUUGGAAGAAAUAUACUCACUUGCGAAGUCGGACAGUUUUGAAUAUGAAAACACCACCGAUCGGUUGCGCAUAAAGCAGAUGGAGCGGUUCUGGUCGCGCACAUCUUCUAUGGAUGAGCCAAGUGGUCAAGGUUAUACGUCAUCUGGCUCUCCAGUACGUGGUCAUAUACAAGGAGCUUUCUUGCAACCCAUUUCGGAAGUUAGUUCACAACGCAACUCGCCUUUUACGACACCUUUUAAACGAUAUGACACAAUGCCUUCCGAAUCUGAGGUAUUUUCCGAAACAUCUGACAUUUACUACACAUAUCCCGGCGCGACCGCAACAACUACUACUCUACAUACUUCGCCUACAUACCUCCAACAAACUUCGCAUUUUCCACGUAAUCGUCCCGGCUUUUUGCAGUUUUUCGGCCCAUCUACCUCUCCGAAUCAACAGCAGCAACAACAUACUUAUGUUUCGUCCCAGUCGCCGAUCACUGUACCCGAGGUGACAUCACCACCACACGCCCAAUUACUGUACUCAGGUUAUCAACCUUACCUGCAGCGUUGGAAGAGCGAGACGCGAGAUAAUCUCUCCACACACGACGCCUCGUCACCUGCAGAACACAGUAGCUAUGCUGGAUCACCGCCGCUAACGACACGCCAAAUUUCGCCAGCAUUUCAAAGGAGUGGCAGCGAGGCGCCACCAACAACAUCUUCGGCGGCGACAUUCCAUCAGUCGCCAAUGAUUGGGCGACGUUUCGAAAUGAAACACGAAAGCUCUGCUAUAAGCGAAGCCUCUACAACCCACUCCGGCUACACGCCCGAGCACCUGUUAAAGGCGAAGAAAUUUGGCACAGUAGUAAGCAGUGCGCGUAAGCCGGGUCAUCAUGUGGGUCCAACGAAGAACCCGAGUUGUGCAUGUGAGAGCUGUCAGCGUUGGCUUGCCGAACGCUUUCAGGUGCGCGGACGUGCUUUCUCGUUGGGAGAGCGUCCCGUACUGCGGCGUCCCACUUAAGUAGACGGAGGUUAAUAUAUGUAAAACUUGAAUGAAUGCUCACUGCCAUAUAUUAAAUUAAGGUUUAGUCUUAACUGAACUUAAUACCCAAUAUGAAAUUGCAUUUAUGUUACAUAAAUGAAUGAAGAAACGUUAAUAGACAUAUAAUAUACGAUUAGGUCUGGAUGUAAUGCUGAUUAUCUCGUUGUAAAAUAGUUAAGAAGCUUUUAAACACAUUUCAACCUCAAUACAUACCAAAAUGAACUUUCAUAGAAACCGAAUUACUGAAUACACAUUAAUGUACCGAUUGUUUGUACCUAUAACUCAAAGUGAAUCACGUGUGAAACUAAUAUUUGUGUAAAUCUUAAGAAUAAAAUGGAGAGACUUAUUAAAGUUUAAACAAAAUGUUCCUCAAUAUCCCAGCUGAAUUAUAAAAUUACCAAAUAAAAUCUAAAAUCUUUGUAUAAAA